UCCUGUUUGCAGGUUCGCUCUUUGUGCCGUAGUGUCGGAGCGCGCGGCUUGUUUACCUGUUUACCUGUUUACCUGCGUCCGGGCAGCGGCGGGGCGCGAUGGCGGCGGGGGCGGGGUUCCAGGCGCAGGUAGCCGGGGUAAUGGAGGUGUUCGCGAACGCGGCGGUGGAGGAGAUCUGCGCGCUGCUGGAGAGGAGCUUCUCUCAGCUGCAGGAGGAGAACCGCGGCCUCCGGAGGAAAAUCAGGAUCCUGGAGAUCCGAGAAACAUUCAGCAAACGAUCCUCCAGAACCAGAACCACAGAGUACAGGGCUUCCGGCCGGAUGGUCCGGGUAAGGAUUAGGUCUGUGGAUCAGCGCUUGUCUGACGGUGUGGGGACCCCGAGAGCUCCAGAGAACUUAAUCUCAGCGUCCGGUCCGGAGGCUGUUCAGUCGGUUCUGCAGUGUGUGGAGGAUGAAGAUCCGGAUGUGCUCAUCAUUAAGGAGGAGAGGGUGGACACCACCCGCAGUAAAGAACCGGACCUGCAGAACCUGAGAGAACCGGACCUGCAGCAGAACCUGAGGGAGAACCAACAGAACCAGUUCAGCGGAUCUGAGAACCAACAGGAUUUCCUGGAUCAGAACAGCGAGAGGAUCUCACAGCAGCAGCAGCAGUGUGAGCGAGAGGGGCGGGACUUCCUUAAAGAAGAGAAUCUGGAGCAGCGAGUAGCAGAAGAUAAUGGAGAUGAGCAGCUGAUCCACGGGAAUCCUCAGGACAGCGGUUCUGCUGCGGGACCUGGCACAGGACCCGGCACAGACCUGCAUCCCGUCGCUCACGCCUCCUGGGAUGGCGGGAAGUUCGAGGCAGCCGGUCACAGUCUGGCGUACCCCGACCCGGACUGCGGCGCCGGGACCUCCGCCGGCGAGUACUACAUCCACGGAGCCACGGGCGAGACGCUGCGCUUCGGGACUCAGAUCAACCUGAACAGUUCGGCUCUUCCCGACGCAAACGAGCUGCCGGGCGUCGACCUCGUGCUCCCCCACUGCGACCUUCCUCCCCACAAACCAGGCUUUCCUCCUCAGCUGAUGAAGGAGAGGUUGGUGUGUAAGUUCUGUGGGAAGGCCUUUCCCAACACCAGCGCUCUGGUUUUACACCAGAGAGUUCACACCGGCGAGAAGCCGUACUACUGCACGCUCUGCGGGAAGAGGUUCAGUCAGUCGGCCAGCCUGAAGAAACACUUCAGCAUUCACCUGGGAGAGAAACCCUUCAGGUGCAUCCACUGUGGAAAGCAGUUCUCGGACCAGAGCAACCUGAGGAAGCACGUGAACGUCCACACAGGAGAAAAACCCUACGGCUGCAGCCAGUGCGGCAAAACCUUCAACCAGUCGUCCAACCUCAAAACGCACAUGAAGAUCCACACCCGCGAGAAGCCCUUCAGCUGCGAACUCUGCGGCCAGAUAUUCGCCUACAAGAACAGCUUAUUAAAACACCAGCAGAGACAUUGUGUGUCCCGGCAGAGCCCGGCGGGACAGUUCUACGCUCUGGAUCAUUAGCCGGGUUCGUCCGGAUCUCCUUCUUCCGGCCGCAGAACCGCCUGAAUCUGAUUUACUAAUAAGAAACCAGUUUUAUCAUGUACUAAGUUUUAUUUAAUAAAAUAAACUAAACAAAAUAGUUUGAAUUGUAAAAUGUAAUCGAUUGACUUAUGUGGGACAUAAAAUAUUAUCCAAUAAGGAUGAAGUUCAGCGUUUGAAAUGAACGUGGUCUAAUAUGGCCAUUUUAUUUACUAUGCGAAUCCACUUUUGUCUUUCAGGAAUAAAAAUGACGAUGAUGAGAAGAGAUUAGCUAAUCUGAAUAUUUUGCUCUUUAAAAGUGUUUUUUACGUCACUUUUUCAGUACGUUCUGAAAACAGUGUUGGAGGAAGGGGAAAACGCAGUGUUAUUUAGGGUUCUUACAUUGUUGUUGUUGUUGUGAGGAUGUUAGGAUGUUUGUAAGGAGAAAUAAAGAGUACAGGUAAUAUUUAA